GCCCGUGUUUCAAGAGGAGGAAAAACAGUACAAUAAUAUCGUGAAUACCGAGCACGAAAGAAAGCAGAGCGGGAAAAGGAGAAAUUUGAAAUUAUAGCUGGCAGUCAAGCGAAGAAGAGGAAAACAGCUGCGGAAUAUCAGAGAGCGCGUAAAAAAGAUUCAACGUCUGCUGUUUCAUCAAUCUCAGCGGGAGCAUCUAUAACUACUGAUGAAUCAACGAUUGUCAAUUCACCGAUAACUGCUGGGCCUUCAACGCGUGUUGAUGGAUUAAUGACGGCUGGAACUCCGAUCUAUGUUGAUAAAAUAAAUAACAGUGAUAAUACGCAUAACACAGCGGAUUCCAGGUUAUGUGGUGGUAAGUUUCUAUUGAAUAUUUCAAUUGUCCGUAAUAUAUACACCUUGUGCAUUAAACUUGUGCUUUUGAAACUAAUAUCAAUUAGAUUGGCAAAAAUUUUAAUGUUUUGAUUUUAAAUUGAUUUUACCGCGGGAAAAGACAGUGCAGCCCGUGUUUCAAGAGGAGGGAAAACAGCUCAAUUUUAUCGUGAAUACCGAACAAGAAAGAAAGCAGAGCUGGAAAAGGAGAAAUUGGAAAUGAUAGCUGGCAGUCAAUCGCGGAAGAGGAAAACAGCUGCGGAAUAUCAGAGAGCGCUUAAAAAAGAUUCAACGUCUGCUAUUUCAUCAAUCGCUGCGGGAGCACCUAUAAUUACUGAUGAAUCAACGAUUGUCAAUUCACCGAUAACUCCUGGGCCUUCAACGCGUGUUGAUGGACUAAUCACGGCUGGAACUCCGAUCUAUGUUGAGAAAAUAAUUGACGGUGAUAAUACGCAUAACACAGCGGAUUCCAGGUUAUGUGGUGACAGUGCAGCCCGUGUUUCAAGAGGAGGGAAAACAGCUCAAUUUUAUCGUGAAUACCGAACAAGAAAGAAAGCAGAGCUGGAAAAGGAGAAAUUGGAAAUGAUAGCUGGCAGUCAAUCGUGGAAGAGGAAAACAGCUGCGGAAUAUCAGAGAGCGCGUAAAAAAGAUUCAACGUCUGCUAUUUCAUCAAUCUCUGCGGGAGCACCUAUAAUUACUGAUGAAUCAACGAUUGUCAAUUCACCGAUAACUGCUUGACAUUCAACGCAGGCAGUGCAGCCCUUGUUUCAAGAGGAGGGAAAACAGUACAAUAAUAUCGUGAAUACCGAGCACGAAAGAAAGCAGAGCUGGAAAAGGAGAAAUUGGAAAUGAUAGCUGGCAGCCAACCGAGGAAGAGGAAAACAGCUGAGGAAUAUCAGAGAGCGCGUAAAAAAGAUUCAACGUCUGCUGUUUCAUCAAUCUCAGCGGGAGCAUCUAUCUAUAACUACUGAUGAAUCAACGAUUGUCAAUUCACCGAUAACUGCUGGGCCUUCAACGCGUGUUGAUGGAUUAAUGACGGCUGGACCUCCGAUCAAUGUUGAUCAAAUAAAUGACAGUGAUAAUACGCAUUACACAAAGGAUUCCAGGUUAUGUGGUGCGGAAAAAGACGGUGUAGCCGUGUUUCAAGAGGAGGGAAAUCAGCACAAUAUUAUCGUUAAUACCGAGCACGAAAGAAAGCAGAGCGGGAAAAGGAGAAAUUUGAAAUGAUAGCUGGCAGUCAAACGAAGAAGAAGAAAACAGCUGUGGAAUAUCAGAGAGCGCGUAAAAAAAUUCAACGUCUGCUAUUUCAUCAAUCUCAGCGGGAGCACCUAUAACUACUGAUGAAUCAACAUUCGUGAAUUCACCGAUAACCGCUGGACAUUCGACGCGGGCAGUGCAGCCCUUGUUUCAAGAGGAGGGAAAACAGUACAAUAAUAUCGUGAAUACCGAGCACGAAAGAAAGCAGAGCUGGAAAAGGAGAAAUUGGAAAUGAUAGCUGGCAGCCAACCGAGGAAGAGGAAAACAGCUGAGGAAUAUCAGAGAGCGCGUAAAAAGAUUCAACGUCUGCUGUUUCAUCAAUCUCUGCGGGAGCAUCUAUAACUACUGAUAAAUCAACGAUCGUCAAUUCACCGAUAACUGCUGGGCUUUCAACGCGUGUUGAUGGAUUAAUGGCGGCUGGUCCUCCGAUCUAUGUUGAGAAAAUAAUUGACGGUGAUAAUACGCAUAACACAACGGAUUCCAGGUUAUGUGAUGCGGAAAAAGACGGUGUAGCCCGUGUUUCAAGAGGAGGGAAAUCAGCACAAUAUUAUUGUGAGUAUCGGACAAGCAAGAAAGCAGAGCGGGAAAGGAGAAAUUGGAAAUGAUAGCUGGCAGUCAAUCGAGGAAGAGGAAAACAGCUGCGAAAUAUCAGAGAGCUCGUAAAAAAGAUUCAACGUUUGCUGUUUCGUCAAUCUCUGCGGGAGCAUCUAUAACUACUGAUGAAUCAACGAUCGUCAAUUCACCGAUAACUGCUUGACAUUCAACGCCGGCAGUGCAGCCCUUGUUUCAAGAGGAGGGAAAACAGUACAAUAAUAUCGUGAAUACUGAGCACGAAAGAAAGCAGAGCUGGAAAAGGAGAAAUUGGAAAUGAUAGCUGGCAGCCAACCGAGGAAGAGGAAAACAGCUGAGGAAUAUCAGAGAGCGCGUAAAAAGAUUCAACGUCUGCUGUUUCAUCAAUCUCUGCGGGAGCAUCUAUAACUACUGAUGAAUCAACGAUCGUCAAUUCACCGAUAACUGCUGGGCUUUCAACGCGUGUUGAUGGAUUAAUGGCGGCUGGUCCUCCGAUCGAUGUUGAUAAAAUAAAUGACAGUGAUAAUACGCAUAACACAGCGGAUUCCAGGUUAUGUGGUGCGGAAAAAGACGGUGUAGCCCGUGUUUCAAGAGGAGGGAAAUCAGCACAAUAUUAUUGUGAGUAUCGGACAAGCAAGAAAGCAGAGCGGGAAAAGGAGAAAUUUGAAAUGAUAGCUGGCAGUCAAACGAAGAAGAGGAAAACAGCUGCGAAAUAUCAGAGAGCGCGUAAAAAAGAUUCAACGUCUGCUGUUUCAUCAAUCUCAGCGGGAGCAUCUAUAACUACUGAUGAAUCAACAUUCGUGAAUUCACCGAUAACCGCUGGACAUUCGACGCGGGCAGUGCAGCCCGUAUUUCAAGAGGAGGGAAAACAGUACAAUAAUAUCGUGAAUACCGAACAAGAAAGAAAGCAGAGCUGGAAAAGGAGAACUUGGAAAUGAUAGCUGGUAGUCAAACGAGGAAGAGGAAAACAGCUGCGGAAUAUCAGAGAGCGCGUAAAAAAGAUUCAACGUUUGCUGUUCAAUCAAUCUCUGCGGGAGCAUCUAUAACUACUGAUGAAUCAACAUUCGUCAAUUCACCGAUAACUGCUUGACAUUCAACGCCGACAGUGCAGCCCUUGUUUCAAGAGGAGGGAAAACAGUACAAUAAUAUCGUGAAUACUGAGCACGAAAGAAAGCAGAGCUGGAAAAGGAGAAAUUGGAAAUGAUAGCUGGCAGCCAACCGAGGAAGAGGAAAACAGCUGAGGAAUAUCAGAGAGCGCGUAAAAAGAUUCAACGUCUGCUGUUUCAUCAAUCUCUGCGGGAGCAUCUAUAACUACUGAUGAAUCAACGAUCGUCAAUUCACCGAUAACUGCUGGGCUUUCAACGCGUGUUGAUGGAUUAAUGGCGGCUGGUCCUCCGAUCAAUGUUGAUAAAAUAAAUGAUAGUGAUAAUACGCAUAACACAGCGGAUUCCAGGUUAUGUGAUGCGGAAAAAGACGGUGCAGCCCGUGUUUCAAAAGGAGGGAAAGCAGCACAAUAAUAUCGUGAAUACCGAGCACGAAAGAAAGCAGAGCUGGAAAAGGAGAAAUUGGAAAUGAUAGCUGGCAGCCAACCGAGGAAGAGGAAAACAGCUGCGGAAUAUCAGAGAGCGCGUAAAAAAGAUUCAACGUCUGCUGUUUCAUCAAUCUCUGCGGGAGCAUCUAUAACUACUGAUGAAGCAACGAUCGCCAAUUCACCGAUAACUGCUGGGCUUUCAACACGUGUUGAUGGAUUACAAAAUAUAUAUGGUUACGCUGCAUAUUCCCUUCCGAAACGAAGCGACAGAAUUAAAAUUCCUUCAUUUAGACUUUGCUGUAUAAAAUGUGCAUAAUAAAAUUAUAAAAUGUGAAUUUAAGUUUUCUUUCAUAGAAAAUGUUAUGCAUUUCUGAACACCGCUAAGAAGUAUAACUUCUUCCGCGCGUAGGGACUCCACGCACCUUUUUUAAUAUGUCUAAUAAAUUAUAUGUUUGGUUUAAUCUCAUUUGCUAUAGCCCCACGCAUUAUUGUACUUAUAAAAAGUGAUUUCAAUAAUAACUUCAGUUUAUGAACCACUGUUUCUUCAAACACAUAUGACCAAAUGAAUCUUAUGAGAGCGCAAUGUAAAUACAUAAUUACCCAACAACCCUUCUACCACCCGCCAAUCCCAGAAUUUCCAACGACUCAGCUGAUUGCUCUCUCACACCGCAGGGUUGCCAGGCUGAUAUACGGUAGUAAUUAUAAAAAUUGUCUUCAAUAUAUUUGAAAUUUUCUUAAAAUAACUCAAAUUCAGAAUCGAAUGCUAUUAUUUACAAAUAUAUAAACUAGUUUUAAUAGUUUGAUUUCAGUUUUGAUAUUUUUUAUUUAUGAAAAAUUAUAAUUGAAAACAUAGAUGUGUACAAAACUACGUAUGCGUAUUGAGUAAUGUAGGAGACAAACUUGGACACACAAGUGAAUUUUCAAGUGAAGUGGUUGUGUUUCUGGUGCGGUCCUGGGGUUUUGUCAAUAAUUUUUAGUUUCUCACACCAAUUGUUAGCGAUUUUUUGCUGAAGCUUUUCGAAAGCUUAAACAACAAAACGGACACUAAAUUUGCGGGAUAAGAUAAGUACAAUUUGUAUUUUUUAAUCAAAAUCCUUUUGCACUUACCCGAAUAUAUUUUUGUGGUUUUUUACCCAAAACAAAUCGUUUUUCCCCUGUAGCAGCAAUCCAAUCAAAGCGCGUGCUUAAUUUUUGCAUUGCCGUUUUGUUUUGAUUAGUCAGCUGUUCUCCUUUUCGUUUUCUCCUUUUCGUAUCCCCUUUGGUUUUGGCAUUGCCAACUACCGAAAAUAUUAGCAAGGUUGUAGCGACAGUGACUGAACACACCUUUCGUUAGGAGCUCCCAACUAUUUUUCUCAUUGAGGUAUGGCCUCUAAGAACAGUAGCGGAUGCACACCCGAGAAUCCAUUUAGAAGGAACUCUAAAAUAAUGAGAACGCCUCCUAAUGGAAAAAAUGAGUUAUCCACCGCUGCUGGAUCAACCAAAAAAUGCGAAGUUGCCACUAAUACAAUUAGAGGUGGAAAACACCCCGAGGAAACGCUAGUUAACGAAACUACCCAAAAUUUUAUCCAGUUGGGUAGUAAAAUAAAAGAAUUGGAGAAUAUGAUGGCUGGCCAAAGGCAUAUAAACCAGGCAAUGCGCGACUUAGUUAGCAGCAUUGUAGCGCUACAUGCCAAGGCUGAUAAAGGCGGAAACCUACCCAAAAGGAUUAUGGUAGGGAAAGCGUCCCAGGUUUCCCCAAUGGGUAAGGAUGUAAAUACCCCGAAGAGGCUACGGGAGACAACAGGCUUUUUACCUCCCACUAAAAAGCCGAAAAAUGUAAAUAAAGCGGAGCAGCCCACCUACAGCGAGACAUUGAGGUUAGUUCAAACCAAUACAACGGUUAUACCCACUACAUCCGAAACAUGGGUGGACGUUGUCAAGAAACGAAGACCAGCUGAAAAGAAAAUUAGAUCGAGGCCAGACGCCAUCAUACUCACAAAAAAGGAUGGUGCAUCAUACGCGGAUAUUCUCCGGAAAAUAAAAUGCGAUACCGGGUUAGAAGAAUUGGGCUCAAGUGUCACGUAUAUAAGGAAAACGUUAAAAGGAGACCUGCUAUUAGAGUUGAAAAGCCAAGCGGAUAAAAGAGCCGAAACGUUCCAAAGUGCCUUAGAGGAAGUGGUAGGUGAAAUGGCUGUGAUACAGCCCAAAACCCACAAUGUCACGAUCAUAUGCAAGGACUUAGAUGAAAUUACAACUCCGGAAGAGAUUUGCGAGGCCCUGAAAAAAGAAUGCGGGAUAGAAAACCUAGGGAAAGUAAAUGUUAAGAACAUGCGAAAAACCCGAAGCGGUACCCAAAUAGCUACACUAUGCCUGCGCGCCCAGGAUGCCAAGGCUGCGCUUAAGGUAGGCAAGAUAAAAAUCGGAUGGUCCAUCUGUCGCCUCCGGGAAUACUCCCCAAUUCCCCGAUGCUUUAGGUGCUUCCAUCUGGGGCACAUGGCGCACAAAUGCUCCAACCCUGUUGACAGGUCGUCCCUGUGCACACGUUGUGGAGCCGGUGGACAUGUAGCGAAGUCAUGCACUAACGAUCCAAGCUGCAUGCUGUGUAAAGGAGCACACUCAGCCUUGAGUACUACUUGCCCCAAGUAUUUGGAGAUGGCGAAAUCUUUAGGAAAAUGAAGA